UGCUAACAAUAACAAGUAAGAAAGUUGAACCUAAAAUGAGAUAUUCAAUAUAUAAUUAGUAGGUUGUGAUUCUAAAGUGAAGUUAUUUUUAAGAGAAGAGAGAUUUGAUGGAUUGUUGAGAGUUGAGAGUGAAAUACACACUAGUAUAAACGAGAAUUUAUAUUGAAAAAAUAACGGCAGCGGAGAGUGAGAGAAAGGUGGGUGCUGGUGGCGGAAGCCCAUGAGCAUUUGGCGGCGCCCUUUUGUUUGCAAGUUGUGAGUUCAAACCCUAUUCUUCGAUUUCUUACUUGAGUGUCUCUGAGAUUACAAGAAGUACUAAAAUGGAAGUUGUUGGUUAGUGCGAUCUUUCUGCAAAACGGCAAGGGGCAUGAUCCUCCCUUAUCAUGCUCUCCCUGCGACCCACUCGCAGACUCUGCAAUUUAUCCCCUGCCGCAGUCGCCACCGCAGCCGCAGCUGCCUCUGAAUCAAACGCCAAAACCUCUCCAUCAAAACCCUUGCUGGCCCCCGCCCUCGACCGCCUCAAAUCGGAGCGCAAUCCCGACAAGCUCUUCCACCUCUUCAACGCCAAUGCUACCAACCCUAUCCUCGUUGAGAAUCGCUUCGCCUUCGACGACACCGUUUCGCGCUUAGCUGGCGCGCGCCGCUUCGACUACAUCGAGCGCCUCCUCGACCACCAGCUCCACCUCCCCCAGGGCCGCCGCGAGGGUUUCGUCGUUCGCAUCAUCAAGCUCUACGGCAAGGCCGGUAUGACCCAACACGCCGUUGACACUUUCUAUCGUAUGCACCUUUUUGAGUGCCGUAGAACCGUCAAGUCCUUUAACGCCACGCUUUUGGUAUUGUCUAGCACCAAAAACUACGAUAAUUUUCUUGACUUCUUAGGAACUGCUCCUCAAAGUUUUGGUAUUCAAUUAGAUAUUUAUUCUGUUAAUAUUGCGAUUAAGGCAUUUUGUGACAUGGGCCAGUUGCAAAAAGCUUAUUUGUUUAUGCUAGAGAUGGAAAAUCAGGGUGUUAACCCUGAUGCGGUGACCUAUACUACUCUUUUGUCCGCAUUUUACAGGAAUAAAAGGUGGGAGAUUGGGACUGGUUUGUGGAACCGUAUGUUGUUGAAAGGGUUGAUGCCGAGUUUGGCCGCCUUUAAUGUCCGGGUUCAGUUUUUAGUUUGUAUGAGAAGGGCUUGGGAUGCUAAUGCUACCAUGGGUUUGAUGCGGCGAGUGGGGAUUGCGCCUGAUGAAGUCACCUAUAAUUUGGUGAUUAAAGGGUUUUGCCGAGCUGGUUUUAUUGACAUGGCGAAGAAGGUUUUCGAUGCCUUAUUGGGGGAGGGGCAUAAGCCUAACAGUAAGAUCUACCAGACCAUGAUUCAUUAUUUGUGUAAGAGUGGGGACUUCAAUCUAGCUUACACUAUGUGCAAAGAUAGUAUGCAGAAGAAUUGGUUUCCAAAUGUGGAUACAAUAUGUAUGCUGCUCAAAAGCCUCAAAGGAAUUGGGCAGAUCAAUAGAGCAAGGACUAUCCUUAUGUUGGUUAAGAGGAGGAAACCUCCUUUCUCUUCUGAUCACUUGACUGCCAUGUGGUCCAUAUUGAAUAGUUGAAUUAAGUGGAAUAGCUGAACAGGAAAUCAGUUAGAAACAGAAACCUGAAAGCAUCUCAUAUUCUUUGUAUUCCAUUCAUUUAUACAUGUUGAAAAAUUAACAAGCCUGGAAUUUGAUGGUGUUGCAUCUAACAAGAAGUCAAAUAUAGUUAUUCCCACUCAGUUUUGUGUACCUUCCUUAAUAAAGUUUCAUCAGGAUGAAAUUUCAGGAGGCAAAUACAAUAAAAACUCUUGUCCGACCAUCUAUAGGAUGGGUCAAACUUAACAGAGGUUGGCGAUGUAACAUAUAUUGCAAGGCCACACUAUAGGAAAUUCAGCAAAAAGCUAUGGAACAUUCAUUGGAGGGCUUCUGUUCACUCUGCAUUACGCGGGGUUGAUGCUACUUGUGGAAGGAACAAGUAGUUUAUAGAGAGGGUUUCGCUUUUGAAACUUGAUCUUAUCUUCGUUGGUCUGAUGUGCUUUGGAUUAAUUCUUCACCUGUUUCAAUAAGCGCUUAAAGCUUUUGUGCUUAUAUAAUUGCAGAAUGUUCACCUGGUUUGAAGCUUUGGCAUUCUCAUUUAGGAUUCACGUUUUGGUUGAAGUGAAUUAUAGUACAAUUUGCAUCAGCCAGUGGCUGCGACGAUGGAGAAUGGAGAGAGCAUUACAGCAUUUAACAGCAAGAAAUUACAAAAUCAAUGGUAUCAGUUUUGUGAUUACACAUGGACAUUAGACAUCUAGUGUGUAACAACUUGACCAUCAAUAGGAAUAAUAAAACAGGGCGAGCGGAGAUUCAAGUGCAGUUAUUGAUUUGCUGACGGUGCUGUUGGACGGUUGGAAGUUCCUCGGCUUAGAUCAUGAACAGCGGACAUUCAUAUAUUGCAUGCAAGUACAACAAUUACCACAAAACCUUUUACCCCAUGAUAGAGACAUAGAGUUAUUUACAUGGGUCAAUACCACCAAAGGAUCCAAUAUUUCUAUUGUAAAUCAUAUAAACAAAGCAUUGAAAUCACAGAGCACCAAAUGUAUCUAUAGUUGAGACGAAAUUCUAAAAUUCUAGCAAAUUUUGUAUGUAGGAGUGGCUACUAUAUGCAACGGAACUUGGGGACGGCUUUUUUGAAAUCUUAAA